CCCCGUACCAAAACCAAUGCAGCAGGUGCUCGGUAGUGAUGCGCAGUGGUCGUAUCGAUUAUUUUUGGGUUCGCGGGUAAACGGACAAAACGGGCCGAGCGCCUGGUUGCGAGAUUGGAGUUCAGUUCAGCAAGUUAGACAACAGAGGAAGGAUCGAUUCUGUUUCGGGCGAAGGGAUAUUGGUCGCCCCCCGUCAGAUCACACCGAUCUGGCGACAUUGUGAAGGUCUAGAGUGUACCUUAGCCCGUCCCUGUCACCCGGACAGCCGUGCCGGACGAAGAUCAGGUGACAGUAGAGAGUGAAGACGGAGGAUAGCUAUCGUACAGCCUCCUCCUCUCUCGCUCUCUCACAGCCAUACACACACACUCUCUCUCUCUCUCUCUCUCAACAGUGUUCUUCGUGAGGAAUCAUUAUACCAUAAUCUCUGUUUAGCCUUCCAUGGCGAAUUAGAGAUGGAGGACAUAGGACGACUGUGGUUUAUUGUGACCUUCUUCGCCGUGCUCGUUCCGAUGUUGUGGGUAAGGGAAGGAGCCGGCGAAGCGUUAGGCGACCACAUCAGCCGUAUCCUCGACGCAUUUUUUCAACAAGGAUACGACAGGAGAGUGAGGCCUAACUAUGGAAGUUCUCCAGUUGAAGUUGGAAUAACAAUGUACAUCAUCAGCAUAAGUUCAGUUUCUGAAGUUCAAAUGGACUUUACACUGGACUUCUAUUUUCGACAAUCUUGGCAAGAUCCACGUCUUGCGUUUGAACCCCAGAAGGGUUUAGAAAGUCUCACAGUCGGGGCUGAAGUAGCGGACAGAAUAUGGGUACCAGAUACAUUCUUCGCAAACGAGAAGAGUGCUUACUUCCAUUUGGCGACCACUCCCAAUACCUUUCUUCGAAUACGUUCCAACGGUGAAGUUUUUCGUAGCAUAAGAUUAACAGUCACUGCGGGAUGUCCUAUGGACUUACAAUACUUUCCAAUGGACAGACAAGUGUGCAGUCUUGAGGUGGAGAGCUUUGGCUACACAAUGAAUGACAUCAGGUAUAAAUGGGCCGACGGGGAGAGUUCCGUUGGUAUGUCCAAGGACGUUGAACUUCCCCAGUUCAAAGUGUUGGGACAUCGUAGGGAGUCGAAGGAAGUUAUCCUCUCUACAGGUAACUAUUCCCGUCUUGUGUGUGAGAUCCAGUUUGUACGGAGCAUGGGUUACUACCUCAUUCAGAUCUAUAUUCCUGCCGGCCUAAUAGUUAUCAUCAGCUGGGUGUCGUUCUGGCUACACCGUAAUGCCACUCCUGCUCGUGUGGCCUUGGGUGUCACUACAGUGCUAACGAUGACAACCCUGAUGUCAAGCACAAAUGCUGCUCUGCCGAAGAUCUCCUACAUCAAGAGCAUUGACGUUUACUUGGGCACCUGUUUUAUAAUGGUUUUUGCCUCAUUAUUAGAAUAUGCUGCCGUUGGUUACUUGGGUAAACGAAUAUCUAUGCGAAAAACUAGACAACAACAAAUGGCUAAAAUUGCUGAACAACAUCGGCAAAGGUGCGCUGCUGCAGCAGCUGCCGCCGAGGGAGAGAGAGAGCCUGUUCUUUUGCCCGGAAAUGCGGAAGUGACGAUGGUUAAAGCGGCGCAAGAUAUUCGGCUUAAAAUCGCCGACCCAAAGACAUAUUGCAAGACAUCGUCACUUGAAAACCCAGCCAACGGGGCUCCGGAUUUGGAGUCAGCCUUUUGCAAAAAUACUAACAAGCUGUUUGGCGUAAGCCCCAGUGAUAUCGAUAAAUACUCCAGAGUAGUGUUUCCUGUUUGUUUCGUCUGCUUUAAUCUAAUGUACUGGAUCAUUUACUUACACAUUAGUGAUGUCCUUACAGAGGACUUUGUAUCACAUGCCUGAAGCCAAACUUCGAUCCAACUCUUUAGUCGUUAUUUCAAUCAGUUAGAACUGUACACAAUGGUGUACUUUAUCUCUCAAUCUGUGGCUUCUCGUAUUCCUUGUGCAACGUCCUUUAACACCCGUCUUUUCGUCGAACAUCCAUUUGUGGAUUUACAAUGCGUCUAGUGCCAUCAGUCUCUUAGAAUGUAGAGUUUCGGUUUACAUCAUUUCAUAUCCUUUUCCAUUUAUCCUCUAUAUUUUCUGCACGCGCUGCUUAACUAGAAUGUAGUCACAGUUCCUGAAAAAAAACUACUCCAAAAAAUGGUGUGGACCCAGUUCGGACCCAUGGCGGGUAUCUUUACAACCGUAGACACACCGAUCGGAAAUAAAAUCGUCUGUAAUUCUUUCUCCAUCUCAUUGACGAGAUUCAAAAAUAAUUAAUCGAGGGGGAAUCGCAGAUUAUACGAGUCAUCGGUGUUAUAACACGGUAAUGUACAUAGUGUAUAUGUAUACAUUUGUGUUCUUAUUACAUAAAAUUGUGUGUGUGAAGAAACAGUAACCACAAAAAAAAAUGAAACAAAGAGACGCAAAAUACUCAUUAAUCAAGUUUGUCUUCAAUUUUUUCCGACAUUUGUAUACUGUUGUAGUUGGAAUUAUAAUUAGCACAUUAUUUAAUUCCUUACAUAUGCCUGGGAAAAUGUAGUUUUGUCCAUUAUAUUAACAUGAAAAUUAUAUUUAAAAAAAAGAUACUGUAUGAUGUGCAAUACGGGCAGCGUAGUUCAAAAUUAGAUAUAAUGCCAUUAGGAUAAUGGGUAUUGCAUAAGAAUUGUACAAAUUGAUGGAACAAUUUAUAUUUUCUAUCAUAAUAUUGUCAUCGUGUAAAUCCAGAUGCAUUUUCAUGUUAUGCUUGUUCGGUUCAAACGUUUGUAAAACGAAUUUCUUUCAAACAUUUUAUCAAUUUUGAAUAUUAACGACAGAUGAGCCGCAUCAAAUGUAAAUAGCUUUAAAAAAAUCGAACGAAUUCAAAAUUGUACAAUAAUGGAUUUCUCUUCAAAUCAUUAUUUAGUAUUCAGAUUUACUAAGAAAAGUGAAACCGGAAAUGAUUUCGCAAUAAUUUUCGAACAAAAUUUAAUAUUUUUAAAGAUUUUAUUAUAAAUAUUUUCUUCUGUAUAGCAAAUAAUAAUGAUAAUAAUAAUAACAAUAGUAUAUGAAGAGUAUAGAGGAAUGAUGAAAGGAAGGUUGAGCAAAAGGUAUUACAACAGGUUUAAUUAGAGUUCGGUAUGUUCUCAACUCUCUUGUCAGGCUUAGAAUUGAGAUGACGUUUUUAUUUAUACUCUACGCGAAAAAUAUUUAGCUAUGAACACUUUAAUCAAAAAUUUAUUUUCGGCUUACUUCCAUAGUAAUUUUAGGAAACUUUCUGACUUAGUCUUCUCAUUAACAUAGCUCAAUUCUAACGGAGGAACUGAACAAAAAAAGAACUUUGAUGUUUGGGUUUAAGAUAUCAAUAAUUCCAUUCUAAAAAAAUUCGGUUGUAUUUGUGUCUAUAUAUUCUAAAGUCUUAUCCAAAUCUUUAUCGGUGUCGUUGAUUUCCUAAAACACUUCGUACAUAUUAUUUACUUUAGUCUUCCAUUUUAAAUAGUUACAUUAAGAAUUAAUCUUUAUCGUGUAGUAUGAUUGAUAGGUCUCGUUCUAUUUACAAUUCACAAUUUACAAUUUCACAAAUAUCAGUUUGUUAACAUAAAUACGAGAAGACUUAUAAGUUCCUCUUUCCUGAACGUUAUGCUUCACACAAGAAGCUUCACACUGCAAACACAGCUUCAAAACAAAACUAGAAGAUUUUUGGUUAAAACGACUCCAUAAAUCUUCUAGAGAAAAGCAGCAAGACUAUCUCGUCAAUGCUUCCUUUUUUGUCUUCUUCAGCAACACUUAAUGAAACACAGUACAAAGGAAGUUACGAGCAAAUUUUAUGUAUAUAUACUCAAACACACUUGCAUAUAUAUAAUAUACACUAUAUCUAUAUACACACCUUAUAUUAUCCACGAUUCUAUUGAUUGCGUCAUAGACAGAUUCUUCCUCCUUUUUCCCAUAUUCUUAGUUAAGUAAUCAAAACUAGAAACAGAUAAUUUCUCUCUGGACAUAUGGGGUUUGCGUGGUGGACAAAUUGUCCCCCUCCCCAAAACACUUAGCCUCGUCCAUUCACUUGCUCAAAUAAUCGAUGUCUAGGGAGAAUAUAAAUUGUUAAAAUUUUAAAGUAUUUCAAUUAAAUUGAAUCUAAUAGCUUUGUGCUCUUAGAUCACACUUACGGUAGGGGGGCACCGGAACCUCGAUUUCACUGAAUCGUGACUUCUUGGCAACCGGUACAGCAAUAACACAAACUCCUGCUUCACAUAAAUCUGUCACGAAUGGAGAGAGAGAGAGAGAGAGAAAGAGAAAGAGAGAGAGAGAGAGAGAGAGAGAGAGAGAGAAAGAGAAAGAGAGAGAAAAGUGUGUGAAAGAGAGACAAAGAGAAAGGGAGUACUGAAAGUAUAGUUUGGUGACACCCCCUUCCGCAGACUUUGUCUUGGGAUGGAGAUCAUUAACAUAACCUUAAUGCAUCGUUUUUAUUACAUACAUAAAUAUACAUUACAUGCAUAUACUACUACAUACUAUAACAGUUCAUUUUUUCUUUCGGUGCGUGACGUUUGCGUGAAUCACACCCCGUUCGUGAUGUGGCGUGACGUAGGUGUAGGCUCCGCUCACGUUGACUUUAUAGAAAUAGGGACGUUCCAGUUUAUGUAAAGAAUGGUGUCUCCUAUUAUAAUUUCUCGUUUAAAUUACACUUUUUCUCAAUUUACACUUUUUCGUUCUCGUUAUCGAAUUAGAAAAUUAUACUUUAAAUGUUUAUAUUUAAUCGUCCAAAGGAGUAUCUGUUUUUUUCCAAAUUAGAAGAUACUCGAUAUUAAAAAAUGAUAUUAUUAGUAAACAGGAAGGAAUCAUCAACGAAAGUCUUCCGUUUGCUGUUGAUCUUUAUGCUGUUUAGCAUCUUCUACACUGAAUAAAAUUCCUGUCAGCUUGAUAAAUUGAAACAGAAUCUUUGGUAUUUCUGGUCCACCAUUUAUUUUUCUUCUUUGCACUAGGGGAAUAAGGUAAGAAGUUCAUUGCUGACGCACCGCAAUGAAUUCCGACCUUCUUCUCGAGAUUGAAAGGGACUCUUAGUGCCAUAUAGAUCAGUGAAUAUUUUAUAAGGAUGCAAAUCGAAUGAAGUGCGUAACUGGGUGCUCAAUUUAAAUAUCAAUAGAGAUGGCUCUCUGGUCAUCGUGAUCAGGAAGUAAUGGUGCAAUGUGCCAGAGGGUACAUGUCGUGAAUGACGGAUAUUUCUACUUGUUAAAUGUUGAAUACCCGUUCAAUUCUUGAUUCAUUAUUCGUUAUACAGUUCUAUAUAUAUUAUAAAAAAAGUAUAUUAUAUAGUCUUGUAUAGUUAUUGUUAUGUGAAAAUAACCGAAUAAAUGUAUAGGGAUACCCAUUUUUGUUGCAUACAAAAUAAAUUUUAGAAACGGGAAAUGGACUAAUAUACCAUGUACGAUUUGUGAUUGAAAAUGAAAAUUUGUGUAUAUAUUAAACGGAGAGAGAAAAUCAUUGUAUGGAAAUAGUAUAUUAUUCUCCUAUAGGGUAAGUUGUAGUAUAGAAAGGACAGGUUUUUGUAUCAUUCAGCUUGAUUGCUUCUAAUAAAAUACACCUUACCAUAUUUUGUCUUUGAUA